AUGGCUAUCAGCAGCCUGGUGGCGACACGCGGCGAGGCGGCGGCGGGCGGGGCGGCCGUGCAGCGCGUGGGGGCCGCCGUCGCCUGCGCCGUCGAGCGCUUCGUGGCCGUCGGGGAGACCAUCGCCGACGACAAUCCCGACGUCAGGCACAGCAUGGUGCUGGCUUGCAAGGAGGCGCGCGCUGCAGGACGAGCGAUUGAGCGGGUGUGCGCAGGCGCAGACGGAGCCGGCAUGGUGUCGGCGGCGCGCGCGCUGCUGGCGGCCGUCACGCGCGUGCUGCUGCUCGCCGACAUGGUUGUCGUGCGGCAGCUGCUGCUGGCCAAGGACAAGGUGGCACGCUCACUGGACAGACUGGAGUCGGUGUCAAACUUCGCGGAGUUCGUGCGAGCGUUUACGGAGUUCGGCGGCGGCAUGGUGGAGCUAGCGAGGCUGACCGCCGAGCGUCGCGCGGACCUGCGCGACGAGCGGCGGAGAGCGCAGGUGGCCGCUGCCAGAAACGUACUGGAGCGGUCCACGCUCAUGCUUCUUACCUCAUCUAAGGCGUGCCUGCGCCACCCGGGCAGCGCAUCGGCGCGGGAGAACCGCGACACGGUGUUCUGUCAGAUGCGGCGCGCCAUGGACCUCAUCCACUACGUGGUGCGCGACGGACUGCCGGGUCACGACGAGCCUACUCACGAGGGACAAACUCCGCUCCGGGUACAGAAUACAAGCCACCGGCUGCAAAACAAGUUGAGCGGGAACCCUGCACCGCCCAUGAGCACGUUGCAACCUUUCUCGGAUAGUCAUGAACAGGCUGCACAGUGGGAAGCUGGCACGGCUUUGGGCGCUCUACGAGGCCUAACGGCACAAGUGCGAGCGGCGCGGGCCCGCGGCGGGGCCGAUGCGGGCAGGAGGCGGGCCCUAGCCGGCACCCUGCGGGCCCUGGUCGAGCGGACGCACGACUUCACCGACUCCGCCUACACCUCUCACGAUCAUAGACAGAGAAUUCUGGCGCUCGCCGAGAGGAUAGCGUACGAGUUGGAGAGGCUAGUCGCAGUCGCUGUGUCUAUGGAGGAGCAAGGCACGACCGGCGCCGGCGCAGCGUUGGAGAGCGCUUGCGCCGGCGCCAACAGCGCGGCGUCCGAGCUGGAGCGCGCGCUGGUGAGCGCGGCCCGCGACCAGGCGCGCGACCUGGCGCCGCUCGCCGACGAGGCGCGGCGGCUCGCCUCCGACCUCGCGCACAUAGCUAGUUCCUGUGGAGAGAGAGAAUCAGAGAGACUGCACAACAUAGCCAGCCGGCUCCACGAACAAUUAGAUCACAUAAUAGAGGUAUGCAAAUUACUUAGACACAUAGCAAUGUCUGAAACGCUUCAAGUGAGCGCAAAGUUCGCGGAGAUAAACUUGAGGAUAUACGGGCCGCAAGUGGUGACGGCGGCACGGACGUUAGCAGCGCACCCGGGCAGCGCCGCGGCGAGAGAGAACCUCGACGUGUUCGUGGACAUGUGGGCCUGGCUACUGGCAGACGCCGCGCGCCUGGCACGGGAACUCCUCGACCUCACAGAUGACCGGCCCGACAAGCAGCAGUACAGUAGUUUACCCAGGCCUGGAAAACAUGGUACGACGAGUAAACCGUUGAAGGCGGUGCGAUUAGACUCUGACGAGCAAGCAAAGAUUGCCAAGUCAGGUCUGGAGAUGAAGAUGAUGUCCAGUGAGAUGGACGCCGAGACUGAAAAGUGGCAGGGUGCUGCUGCUGAUGAAAACAACGACAUUGUGAAGAGGGCAAAAAAUAUGUCUUCCAUGGCUUUCGCUAUGUACCAGUUUACAAAAGGCGAAGGCCGUCUAAAUACAACACAGGACCUCUUCACGCAAGCGGAAUAUUUUGCAGAAGAAGCAAACCGAUUGUACAAAAUAGUUCGUCAAUUUUCUUAUCAGGUACCAGCAGGUACGACGAAAAAGGAACUGUUAGAGCACCUAGACAAAGUGCCCACAUACGUUCAGCAACUACAGUUCACAGUCAAAGAGCCGACGGUGGGGCGCGCAGCCACCUUCAGCAAAGUAGACAAUGUCAUUCAGGAGACUAAACACCUCAUGAAUGUCAUAAGCAAAGUCGUAACCACGUGUUUCGACUGCGCGAAUAAGUAUUCCCUGUGUAUGCCCGAGAGAGUACCUAUGCAUUGGAAGCCAAAUUUACGAAAAGCAUCCACAUUUAAGAGUGAAAAUAGUGUAUUGAAUGGUUGAAUACAAACUGGACUUCACCGGGCUAUCGGCGGGCGGGGCGGGCGC